AUGGAUGAAGAAAUUAGCGAAAAGACUGAGAAGACAUUUGUUACAGUUGAAGCCACUUCAAUACCUGAGCAAAUACCUCAAAUAAUAGAACCUCCCAAACAAGAACAACAAGAAGAAAUUCAAAGUGUACAAGAAUGGCAUGAACUUUUUUCCGAAUUUUUUACAAAGAUUGGAAUGGUUGAAACUAAUAAAGCUUUACUAAUGGAACUAAUUGUCUUAUCGACUAACCAUGAAAAACAAAUUCCUAAACAUAUCGAUUGUUUAUUGAAAGAAUUAACAACACUGAAAACGAGAUUUGAUGUUCAGUCUUCUAAGAGAAAAAUGGAACAGGAAAAUGGUGAAGGUAACCCGUCAAAAAAAGUUCAAUUGUUAAUGAGUUCUCAAGAAGUUCAAAUUAGAACAACGAAUUCCGAGCUCGAGCAACGAAUUGAUAACUUUAUACAAUUAAAAAAGUCCGAAAUCAAUGAUAGUAAUCGGGCCGAGUUUUUGAAAAAAUCGGAUAACCCUUUAGAUCCAAACGAUAAACAAUCAUGUGCUCGAUCGGACGCUGCCGAAAUCAAUCGAAAUAUUCAAAUGAAACUUGAUGUAGUGAACAAUGAAGAUGGUCCCUUAGCUCGCUCGACAUUUACUUCAGCCAAUCAUAAUCGAAGCGAUCUUGAUAAAAAAUCGUUAGCUGAUUUACCUAGAGGUAUUGAGGAUAGAUUACAAAAUAUCGAAAAACAUUUAAAUAUAGAAAUAGUUACAUCCAUUCCAUUCAGUGUUUAUGAACGAUUAAAAGUGUUAGAGAACAAAAUAAUGCAACUUGAACGAGAUUACCCUCCUUGGUCAGCUAUUCAUUUUAAUCAACCUAAUCGCCAGUUUCCACCUCCACCUCCUGUGACAACUGUGAGGCGCAACAGUAAUAACGAGAUUAUCACAAGUGUUGUACAGACGCCUGGAAAUAAUACUUCUGUCUCAACCGUUACGCCUACAUUUUCAGCCGCGCCAACAAUAUCGGCUAGUCUAUUGGUUGAUGCGAAGCGAAGUCCGUCCGGUUUCACACCAACGAAUCUUUUUGGUUCCAAGGGUUCACGUACACCACGUCCAAUUAAACCUAAGGGAAGAGGCCGUGGACAAUCUUCACUGACGCGAUCAGUUAUGGAACAAUUAAAAUUGAUUCCUCCACAAUUGCCAAAAGUGCAGAUACAAUCUCAAAGAGCUUCCCAAGUACAAGUUCAAUCCUCGUCACGUCCUCAAACGCAACAUUCUUCAUUACAACCUCAUGUGCGACAACUUCAAUUAAAUUCUCCGAAAUUGCCACAAUUAUUGUCAACUAAUAAAUCAAGUAUUACACCGAUUCCUAUAGCGCCAAAACCUCCCACAUUUCAACUAUAUCAACAGCAACAACAAUUAAAAAAGAUAAUAGCAGAAGAAAUGCAAGCAUCAGAAAUAUUAAUUGUUCGAGAAGAUCGUAGUAUGUCUCCGAUAAUUGAUCCAGGGAGCAAUAAUGAAGCGAUCCCUAAUAAGGAUAGUACAAUGGAAAUUGAUGCAGCAGUUGAACAAAUUAUUGAAUCAAAUGGAGCAAAAAACUCACAUGAUACAUCAUCAGGCGAAGAAAGUUCUGUCGUCAAUGAAAGUUAUAAUCACAGCAUGAAUAGUACUGGUACAACGGUUCUUUCGAACAAUUUCAAUACUACUACUAUAGGUUUGGUAUCGAAUAUUGAUGAAAGCAAAGGACUUGAACAAAUUCAAAACUAA